AUGCUUUUUAUCAGAUUCAAAUCCACGGUUCCUAAAUAUGGCUGGAAAGAUUCCCUAAAACUCUGGUACAAUCACGUCAGCAAUCCGCACGCAGACAGGGCAGCGCACGACAAGCUGUUCAGCAUGGCGUUGCCCUACUACAACCGCGAAAUGGAGGGAAUUCGAGCCUCUACGUUGUCUACCCCGCUGAGCGGGAAAAUGGCCAUUUCCGAGGUGUGCGUUCAGAACGCAGACUCCAAAAACCAUGUGGUUAUGUUGCACGGUUAUGCCGCGUCGUCCGGAUGGUGGUUCAAAAAUAUUGACUCUCUCGCAAAGGCAGGGAACAAAAUCGUGCAUGCAUUGGAUCUUCCUGGGUUUGGACUUUCCAGCAGGCAAGGCCCGUCUUUGCCUGAUAACAAAACCAGGCUUCAGAUCAUCUUUGACGAAUCAAAAGUCCAGCAUAUGAAGCAUUUGCAUAGAUCGUUGUAUGUUCCUGAAAGUUUUACUCUGAAAGAAAGAAACCUAAAAAAGUAUCUGAAAAACCAGCAUUCUGUGGUCGAACAUGUGGUGAAUUUUUACGUGGAUGCAAUAGAAGAAUGGAGACGCAAUAAUAACAUAAGCCAGUUUGACCUGGUGGCUCAUUCUCUGGGUGGCUAUCUUGGAGUUGCCUACUGCAUCAAGUAUCCGACGGCCGUGCGAAGGCUGGUUUUAGCUAGCCCUGGAGGCGUGGAGAGAUCACCUUUUGCCAUAACUAACCCGGCCUACAAGAAUAUCGCCGGCGAUAUCACGAUGGCCUGCUCGUACUCGCCGACCGAUUACUCCUUUCUCGGUCGAUAUCCCGCCAUAAAGCCGGGAUUCCAGGCCCUGUGGUAUAUGAGAAUGCCAACGUUUUUGCCGGUGAGGCUGCUGGGUCCUGUGGCUGUGCGGCUUUUAAUGAGUCGGAACAUUGAAAAAUUUACCAGAUCAAAAGAUUUCUCCGACGCGGCAGAGCUGGACGCGUUCGCUAGGUACGUCUAUCACACAAAUGUGGCGGCUUCGGUGUCAGAGACAGCCAUUAUGCGCAUUUUCGACUCUAGCACCAUGGCCAAAAUACCCAUAUUGGACAAGUUGGAAAAUCUGAAAACAAAAAGCUUGUGGAUCUACGGCCAGCACGAUUUUAUGUUUUCGGACGCUGGUCGUGCUGCUGUCAAUUUUUUGAAUAAGAUGCAGGGGACGUCGGCCGAAUUCAAAAUUGUUAAUGGUGGAGGACACAAUAUGUAUCUUGAUAACCCUGCUGAAUUCAAUAGGCUGGUGGUGGAUUUCCUAAAGUGA